AUGUCUUCAAUUGAUUACUCUAAAUACUUGCAAUACUUGGACUUCAAUCCGGAAAUUGCUUAUGCAAUUGUAACCAUCUCUUUCAACCCAAUUUUUUGGAAUAUUGUGGCCAGAUUAGAAUUUAAAAAUCAUUUUUUAACUAAAUUAACUGGUUCUCCUUAUAGAGGAUGUUAUUUAUUAGCUGCUACGAUUUUCUCAUUGGGUAUUUAUAGAGAUUCCAUUUAUCAUGGUGCUCUUUUAAAUCAGCCUACUUAUGAACCUUGGUUGGAUAAUACAAUUGUUAAAUCCUUAGCAAUUUUAUUAUUUUCCUUUGGUAAUAUUUUGGUGCUUUCUUCAAUGUAUGCUUUAGGUGUUACUGGUACUUAUUUAGGAGAUUAUUUUGGGAUUUUGAUGAAGGAAAGAGUGGAAGGAUUCCCAUUUAACAUUGAUAAUAAUCCAAUGUAUAAUGGUAGUACUCUUUGCUUUUUAGCCACUGCAUUAUGGUAUGCUAAACCAAUGGGUAUUUUGGUUAGUUUAUUUGUCUUCAUCAUGUAUAAAAUAGCUCUUUUAUUUGAAGAACCAUUCACGGCUUUUAUUUAUGAAAAUCGUGAUAUUUAUGAAAAAAAAGAUUUAUAG